AUGGAAAUCUGAUUUCUGAUCACUUUGCGGCUAAAAAUCGUGGUGAUCAUUGAAUAUAUUUAAUAUUUCUAUCAUUUCUGUGAUUAUUUCGAUAAAUAUAGAAUUUAUAGAUAAAUACAAAAGUUAUUUUUCAUAAUCGAAAAAAGAAACGUCACAUUAUUUAGAUUUUAUUUGUAUAUUAUUUAUACUCCUAACCUCACUUUUGAUAAACUUGAUGUUUUCUCUUUAAAGAAUAUAAAGAUAUAAAAAUGAAUAUAAAAGUGAUUAUUUCCCGAAAUUUCGGGUCAAAAUUUGGACUGUCUAAUAUUUUUUCUGUGCGAUCGUGUUCGACGUUGGAAAAAUUAGUGAAAUUGAAGCAACAAACAAAAUCUGGAGAACUUGAGUACGAUGUGGUUCCUAUUUUUCAGAAAGAAGUUGAAAGCGAAGAAAAAUUGAUGAAAUUAAGAAACAAAUCCAGAUUAUCUUUAAGUGAUCAAAAUCGAUUGCACGGCAGAAAACCAUACAAUAAAAGUAUUGAAAAAUUUCAUGAUAGUGUAAGGUACAAAAGAAGAAUGUUGGGACGAUAUGGAUUGAAAGCUUUGGAUGCAACGCCUGGAGUUGCUUGGCCAACAUUAGAGGAUGUCGAGGAUGCAAAAGCAUACGAAGCAGUCUAUAAUCCACUUUCAUUAGAAGAAAAUUGGAAACUAAUCGAAGAAAAGAAACGAGAAGAGGAAGAGCGGAUAAGACUCAGAGAAGAGGAAAUCGAUGAAAAAUUGAAAAAUAUGCAAAAAUGGAAAACGGAAUUACAGAACAAGAUUAAUCAAAAAGAAGCGGCCGAGAAUGCGGCAAGAAUCAAGAAGGAAAAAAUGAUGGAAGAAAUUCGUCAAGAAUUUGGUUUUCAUUUAGAUCCACGUACUGCUAAAUUCAAAGAAUUAAUGGCAAAAAAACAGGAAGACGAGAGAAAGAAAAAGAAAAGCCUGAAGAAGGAGGAAAAAGCAGCAAGAGCAUUGAGAAGCAUGUCAGAGCAAUUUAAAAUAAUGGAGGAUAGUACAAAAACAGUUGAAACUAAAACCGAAAAUAAUACAGUUUCCAAGGAUGAAAAACUGACAGAAAAAAAUAAAGUCUAAAUUUGAAUUCCUUUUUUAGCCUUAUUCAUGAA